GUGAGGUAACAGGCAGGGUUUUUUAGUGCAGGACUGGAGCCGAGUGUCGCAGCGACAACGGGGUUUUUAUCUCCCUCCCCAAGGAAGGGACGAUGUUUCUGCAAAAGUUGUUCGUUUAUUUAACAGCACCAUGCAUGUUCUGCUAUAUUAUCGCUCUGAGCGUCAUCCUCAACAUUUUGAAAGUUCUCUCGCCGAACCUCGCCAGGAAGCUCAUCCUGAAAAUGGGAGAAAAGGUUACCAUGACCCAGAAUCCCAAGUUUACCUACGAGGAUUGGGGCCUGACUUUUGGAUCGCUUGCAUUUAUUAAAGUUGCCUCUAAGACUAUUUGGCUUUCACUGGGACAAGAGGCUUUUGUUGGAGGCGAAGCUCCAGACUCACCUGUGAUUAGCAUGGGUGGGGAGAGAACCAGCAUAUUCAAGUACCUCAAAGGCAACAGACCGCUGGUGUUGAGUUUUGGAAGCUGCACCUGACCCCCGUUUAUGUUCAAGCUUGACGAGUUCAAACAGCUCGUGAGGGACUUCGGGGACGUGGCGGACUUUCUUGUGGUCUACGUCGCUGAGGCCCAUUCAACAGAUGGGUGGUCCUUUGGCAACAACUUUGACAUCAGUGAGCACCAGAGCCUGGAGGACAGGCUGUCUGCAGCACAGAUCCUGCUUCAGAAUGACCCUCUGUGUCCUGUGGUGGUGGAUGAGAUGAGUAAUGUCUCAGCCAUUAAGUAUGCUGCCCAACCUGAGAGGCUGUACGUGCUGCAGGCUGGGAAAAUCCUUUAUAAGGGCAAAAUAGGGCCUGAGGGCUACAAUCCUCUGGAGGUGCGGUCACUCCUGCAGAAGAUGAAAUAACUCAAACCUUUUCUCGGGAAAGUUGCCGUUGUCGAAAAUGCUAUGUUUGACUGCAGCUGAUUGGAAUCUGCCAAUCUGAAUGUGUUUUUAACACUUUAUUGGCCAUGAAUCAAAACACUUAUCUCUAUGUGAACUUGUGCCUCUAUGGCAUUUACCACUGAAUAACGACAGCUGUUAUAAUUCCUUUGCUCCGUUGUCACCCCCAGGCUCCCCUGCUACUUUCAUAUAUACGCUCUUAGCUCAACCUCAGCUCUGUGUUUCUUAGUGACGGCCGCAGAUGAAACUGUUGGAAUCUGUGACCAGAUAAGGUGAAACACGGAAACGGUCAGCUUGGAGUUUGUUUAUAAAGCUUGGUGGGAGGGAGCUGGUGUCUUAAAUUUAAGAUAUAAAUUACUAGAACUGCUAAUUUGUUUUCCAUUUCUUCAGUCAGUGUAUUCUGUAAAAAUCAAAAAGAUGUAAGUAAAGAUCUAUCCACUCAUCACGUGUCUUUCGCUCAGCUCUAAUUGGGUUUCAGAGCUCCAUGGGGAAAAUCGGGAACCGGGAAAUAAACCCUGAUAGAAACUAACUAAAGGUAUAUACUUUAAUCUUGCCUCGAUUAUCGUGGCAGUUUCCCCACAAUAUUGCCCAUUCGAAGAAACUAGCUGUAUGGUCCUAGUCCGAGUCACUGUGACUCGUCUGAUCCCACCAGCCUACCGGAAAAGAGAAAGACUGCUGCAAAUUCACAGAGAUCUUAUUAUUGCUUUAGGGAAAGGCUCUCCAGGUGCUGACUGUCUGGAGGCUAUAGCAAUACAACAGAGUGUUUAUCAGCAGUCUGACUCUAUGCAGAUGUGCAAGUUUGAGUUGUAAAGCUCCACUUUCAGGUUGCUAUGCUGGUUAUUGCUUAACAGACUUAUCUCAGCUGACUCCUGCAGUCAGCACUGUUGCCGUUAUGCAACAAGUGUUUGCUUUUUAUAGCAUAUCAAAGUGCAUAUCUGUUUCGCCUGGAAUCUAUAGGGAGGAAGCACAGAAAAACACCCUUUAUUACCAAUAUCAAAAUAUUAGAAUGCUGAUGUAUGUUUUGCUUCAUUUCCAUAUAUUUUGCUAUAAAAUUCGAUGGUUUGAGCAAAAUAGAAGCUCACACUGUUGCUUUAUGUGUCUCAGCUCAUUCUGCGAGGCUAAGAACGCCACAUUAAAAUGACAUUUUGCUUAUAAGUCUCCCAAAAACACAUUUUUAUGUAGCUUUGACAGCACAAAACUGUGCAUCUCUAAGUUUGGUCUGAGUAUGUUUGGCUCUGGCCCAGCCAGCUCACAUCCUGUGGAGGCAGGCCCACAGCAGCUCAACCCGGCUGACUUCCUUUUGUCAGGACAGGAACCAGAAUACUGUCAGAACCUCCUCCUGUUUGGAUACCAACUUGGACCUUGAAAUGUGCAGACCAGCAGCCUCUCUUCUCUGCUCCGAGGCCCUGCAUGACAUGCAGGUUCUACUUUAGUCCACCAGGGGGCAGUUUGUACGUUACAGAAAAUGAAAAUGUGCGUCUGUUUGUAAUCUUGGACCGAAAACCAAGGGUAAAUUUGUGUCAAUUCACUUUUAAAUAUGCAUUUGCUAUCGUUCGUCAGAGUUUUAAAAACUGCAUUUCUUGUACUAUGGAUGAACGUCUGAAUCAUGUACGUGAACUGUGAUGGUCUCACGCAGGAUUCUUUACUUAAUUUCUACAAAAUAAAAUUUUGCCCCAUCUCCCCCCCCCCCCUCUAAAAAUCCUAUUUUUAUGUACCUUUUAGUUUCACAUGUACAGUCAGGUGAGCAACAUGACGUUUAAUGUCUAGUGAAAAGCGAUGCCAUCGUUUGAUACUAAUAUUGUUUGACGUUUUGAAAUAAAUGUUAGUUCCUAACA